GUGUGUGAAUUUGACCCACUUUUCUCCCCAAUUUCGUGGUAUCCAAUUGUUAGUAGUUACUAUCUUGUCUCAUCGCUACAACUCCCGUACGGGCUCGGGAGAGACGAAGGUCGAAAGCCAUGCGCCCUCCGAAACACAACUCAACCAAGCCGCACUGCUUCUUAACACAGUGCGUAUCCAACCUGGAAGCCAGCCGCACCAAUGUGUCGGAGGAAACACCGUGCACCUGGCGACCUUGGUUAGCGUGCACUGCGCCCGGCCCGCCACAGGAGUCACUAGUGCGCGAUGAGAUAAGGAUAUCCCUACCGGCCUAACCCGGACGACGCUAGGCCAAUUGUGCGUCGCCCCACGAACCUCCCGGUCGCGGCCGGCUGCGACAGAGCCUGAGCGCGAACCCAGAGUCUCUGGUGGCACACUGGGCCACUGCGCCACCCGGGAGGCCCAAAUAAUGUUUUAUUUACGUAUGGUUGUAGUAGGUUACAUAAGCCAGUGGGAUGAAUGUGAUUCGUGGGGGUGUAAUUAGUUUGAGAGUUUGACGCCUCAACCAGCCUGCACCCACAGCACCACAUAAAGGUGGUGUGAAAUUGCUCCAAAAGGAAUAUUUAUAGCAGAUCUAACAUGCUGCUUAUACAACACGUACUGAGACACAACACAAGUUUCAUUUCAAACAAUUAGCAUUGGUAGGUUCUGUUACCGCCAUUCAAAGCGGCACUGGAUAGUAAAGGGUCUGCUCGUCAUUGCAGAUGGAUACCGUGUCCAGGAGGCAUAACAUUGGAGGAAAUGUUGAAGUAGAUGAGAAACUACCUGAACUUGUCCAAUUGGUCAAAGCAACCAUUCUGGACAGUGUUUACACCCCCAAAUCAAAUAAAAGAUGGCGCCAGAGGGGAUUUCUGCUGUUUUAUGGGCUCUUAACCAACCAUGCUAUUUAUUUAAAAAAAAAUGUGUAACUUAUUUUGUACAUAAUGUUGCUGCUACUGUGUCUUAAGACCGAAAAGAGCUUCUAGAAAUCAGAACAGCUAUUACCUUAAACUUGACUAAGAAUUUCUCUUUAAUGAGCCGGACGAGAGGGAUUUACUCCAGACACCCGAACAGGCCCUCAUCCCCGUCAUUCGAUAAUUUCAGCAUGUUAAAUGUGCAACCAGAGGGAAAGAACUCUAGAUCACCUUUACUCCAAACAGAGACGCAUACAAAGCUUUCCCUUGCCCUCCAUUUGGCAAAUCUGACCAUAAUUCUAUCCUCCUGACUCCUGCUUACAAGCAAAAAUUAAAGCAGAAAGCACCAGUGACUUGGUCAAUAAAAAAGUGAUCAGAUGAAGCAGAUGCUAAGCUACAGGACUGUUUUGCUGUCACAGACUGGAACAUGUUCCAGGAUUCUUCCGAUGGUAUUGAGUACACCACAUCAGUCACUGGCUUCAUCAAUAAGUGCAUCGACAAUGUCGUCCCCACAGUGACUGUACGUACAUACCCCAACCAGAAGCCAUGGAUGACAAGCGACAUCCACACUGAGCUAAAGUGUAGAUCUGCCGCUUUCAAGAAGCAGGACUCUAACCCGGAAGCUUAUUAAAAAAAAUCCCACUAUGCACUCUGACGAACCAUCAAACGGGCAAAGCAUCAAUACAGGACUAAGCUCUAAUCGUACUACACCGGCUCUGAUGCUCGUCGGAUGUGGCAGGGAUUGCAAACUAUUACAGACUACAAAGUGAAGCACAGCUGAGAGCUGCCCAGUGACACGAGCCUACCAUACAACCUAAACUACUUCUAUGUUUGCUUCAAGGCAAGUAACACUGAAACAUGCAUGAGAGCUUUAGCUGUUCUGGACAACUGUAUGAUCACGCUCUCCGUGGCCAAUGUGAGCAAGACCUUUAAACAGGUCAACAUACACAAGGCCGCAGGGCCAGACGGAUUACCAGGACGUGUACUCCGAGCAUGCGCUGACCAACUGGCAAGUGUCUUCACUGACAUUUUCAACCUGUCUCUGUCUGAGUCUGUAAUACUAACAUGUUUCAAGCAGACCACCAUAGUCCCUGUGCCCAAGAACACUAAGGUAACCUGCCUGAAUGACCCGUAGCACUCGCGUCUGUAGCCAUGAAGUGCUUUGAAAGUCGGGUCAUGGCUCACGUCAACACCAUUAUCCCAGAAACCCUAGACCCACGAAUUUGCAUACCGCCCCAACAGAUCCACAGAUGAUGCAAUCUUCAUUGCACUCCACACUGCCUUUCCCUCCCGGACAAAAGGAAUACCAAUGUGAGAAUGCUAUUCAUUGACUACUGCUCAGUGUUCAACACCAUAGUGACCGCCAAGCUCAUUACUAAGCUAAGGACCCUGGGACUAAAUAUCUCCCUCAGCAACUGGAUCCUGGACCUCCUGAUGGGCCUCCCCCAGGUGGUAAGGGUAGGUAACAACACCUCAGCCACUCAGAUCCUGAACAUGGGGGCCCCUCAGGGGUGAAUGCUCUGUCCCCUCCUGUACUCCCUGUUCACUCAUGACUGCACGGCCAGGCACGACUCCAACACCAUCAUUAAGUUUGCUGAUGACACAACAGUGGUAGGCUUGAUCAACGGCAAGACCGCUUAUAGGGAGGAGGUCAGAUGCCAGGACAACAACCUCUCAACAUGGUCAAGACUAAGGAGAUAAUUGUGGAAUACAGGAAAAGGAGGACUGAGCACACCCCCAUUCUCAUCGACAGGGCUGUAGUAGAGCAGGUUGAGAGCUUUAAGUUCCUUGGUGUCCAUAUCACCAACAGCCAACAUGGUCCAAGCACACCAAGACAGUCGAAGAGGGCAUGACAAAACCAAAUCCAGCGGUUGUACGUUUGCCAAAAGAUUUGGCAUGGGUCCCCAGAUACUCAAAAGGUUCUACAGCUGCACCAUCGAGAGAAUUCUGACUGGUUGCAUUACUGCCUGGUAGCAACUGAGGUUGGAGGCCGAGCAAGGCCCUACAGAGGGUAGUGUGUAUGGCCCAGUACAUCACUGGGGCCAAGCUUCCUGCCAUCCAUGACUUCUAUACUAGGCGGUAUCAGGAAGGGCCUAAACAUUGUCAAAGACUCCAGCCACCCUAGUCCAUAGACUGUUCUCUCUGCUACCGCACGGCAAGCGGUACUGGAGCGCCUUGUCUAGGUCCAAGAGGAUUCUUAACAGCUUCUACCCACAAGCCAUAAGACUACUGAACAUCUAAUCAAAUGACCCACCGUGAUGCUGAAACAUUGGUAUUUUACCCAAUAAAUUCCUGGGAGUGUGUGUGCGCGUGACUGUUUUUCUCUAUUUUAGUUUGUUUUCUGUUAGUCAGCACUACAUUAUUUAAUUUUCUCUGGGGGUGUUCCAGCUAAUGUUUUUUAUUAGGUAUAGUUAGCUAACACAGGUUGUCCCGUUCUAGAUGCUGUACCAGUAGAGGAGGAAAAAAAGAUCACCUUACAUGCAACAGAUUUUUGAGUGGCAGAUUAUUGAGUGGCAGGGAGGUGUGUGUGUGUAGACAGCCUGUUCAAAUCAAAUGUAUUUAUAUAGCCCUUCUUACAUCAGUUGAUAUCUCAAAGUGCUGUAUAGAAACCCAGCCUAAAACCCCAAACAGCAAGCAAUACAGGUGUAGAAGCACAGUGGCUAGGAAAAACUCCAAAAGAAAGGCCAAAACCGAGGAAGAAACCUAGAGAGGAACCAGGCCAUGAGGGGUGGCCAGGCCUCUUCUGGCUGUGCCGGGUGGAGAUUAUAACAGAAGAUGGCCAAGAUGUUCAUAAAUGGCCAACAUGGUCAAAUGAUAAUAAUCAUAGUAGUUGUCGUGGGUGAAACAAGUCAGCAUCUCAGGAGUAAAUGUCAGUUGGCUUUUCAUAGCCGAUCAUUGAGAGUAUCUCUACCUCUCCUGCUGUCUCUAGAGAGUUGAAAACAGCAGGUCUGGGACAGGUAGCACGUCCGUCCGGUGGACUGGGGACGCAAGGAGUCUUCAUGCCAGGUAGUCCUGAGCGAGAGUAAAUUCAAUUCCCACCGGAUAAGACAGGAGAAGUACUCCAGAUAUAACAGACUGACCCUAGCCCCCGAUGCAUAAAUACUGGAGGCUGAGACAGGAGGGGUCAGGAGGCACGGCCCCAUCCGAUGAGAUCCCUGGAUAGGGCCAAGCAGGCAGGAUAUAACCCCACCCACUUUGAAAAGCGCAGCCCCCACACCACUAGAGGGAUAUCUUCAACCACCAACUUAACAUCCUGAUACAAGGCGGACUAUAGCCCACAAAGAUCUCUGCCACGGCACAACCCAAGGGGGGCGCCAACCCCAGGAAGAUCACGUCAGUGACUCAACCCACUCAAGUGACGCACCCCUCCUAGGGACGGCAUGGAAGAGCACCAGUAAGCCAGUGACUCUGCCCCUGUAAUAGGGUUAGAGACAGAGAAUCCCACUGGAGAGAGGGGAGACGGCAAGGGCGGUUCGUUGCUCCAGAGCCUUUCCGUUCACCUUCACACUCCUGGGCCAGACUACUAAUAUGACCGACUGAAGAGAUGAGUCUUCAAUAAAGACUUAAAGGUUGAGACCGAGUCUGCGUCUCUCUCAUGGGUAGGCAGACCAUUCCAUAAAAAUUGAGCUCUAUAGGAGAAAGCCCUGCCUCCAGCUAUUUGCUUAGAAAUUCUAGGGACAGUAAGGAAGCCUGUGUCUUGUGACCGUAGCGUACGUGUAGGUAUGUACGGCAGGACCAAAUCGGAAAGAUAGGUAGGAGCAAGCCCAUGUAAUGCUUUGUAGGUUAGCAGUAAAACCUUGAAAUCAGCCCUUGCCUUAACAGGAAGCCAGUGUAGAGAGGCUAGCACUGGAGUAAUAUGAUCAAAUUUUUUGGUUCUAGUCAGGAUUCUAGCAGCUGUGUUUAGCACUAACUGAAGUUUAUUUAGUGCUUUAUCCGGGUAGCCGGAAAGUAGAGAGGACAAACCAUUCACAGAGACAAACUGUUAUCUUUCCGACAGAUAAGAUCUAAACCAGGCCAGAACUUGUCCAUGUAGACCAAUUUGGGUAGUCUAACCUAGAAGUAACAAAAGCAUGGAUUAAUUUUUCUGCAUCGUUUUUGGACAAAGUUUCAGAUUUUUGCAAUGUUACGUAGAUGGAAAAAAGUUGUCCUUGAAAUAGCCUUGAUAUGUUCGUCAAAAAAGAGAUCAGGGUCCAGAGUAACGCUGAGGUCCUUCAGUUUUAUCUGAGACGACUGUACAACCAUUAAGAUUAAUUGUCAGAUUCAACAGAAGAUGUCAUUGUUUCUUGGGACCUAGAAGAAGCAUCUCUGUUUUGUCCAAGUUUAAAAGUAGAACGUUUGCAGCCAUCUACUUCCUUAUGUCUGAAACACAGGCUUCUAGCGAGGGCAAUUUUGGGGCUUCACCAUGUUUCAUUGAAAUGUACAGCUGUGUGUCAUCCAAAUAGCAGUGAAAGUUAACAUUAUGUUUCCGAAUGACAUUACCAAGAGGUAAAAUAUAUAGUGAAAACAAUAGUGGUCUUAAAACGGAACCUUGAGAAACACCGCAAUUUACAGUUGAUUUGUCAGAGGACAAACCAUCCACCGAGACAAACUGAUAUCUUUCCAACAGAUUAGAUCUGAACCAGGUCUGAACUUGUCCGUGUAAACCAAUUUGGGUUUCCAAUUUCUCCAAAAGAAUGUGGUGAUCGAUGGUAUCAAAAGCAGCACUAAGGUUACUUGUGUAUCUUUGAUGGAUUCGUUUGAGCAGAUCUCGAGUUGAAUAUUUUGGGUGUACAAUUCUAGAUUUGGUCUUCAUAGUUUAAAAAAAUACAACUCGAGAUUUGGCGAAAAGGUCAAGAGGCGUAAAUCUACAAAGUGAAACAAACCUGUCGAUUCAUUGUAUGUGUGUAGUUGGUCAGGUAUACGUUGGUGUACUGUAUAUUGUUCAUGUCAUUCUGGCACGACAUAACUGACUACAUCACCCACUGAGCUCAAAUCUCAGUUUAAAUCCUCUCAUGUGUGCACCUUGAACAGCUGCCUCCUAACCCUCUUCUCCCCUCCUAACCCUCUUCUCCCCUCCUAACCCUCUUCUCACACCACGUUCAUCAGGGCUGCACUUGUGUUUUUUCUGAGAGGCUCGGAUGCCCUGGCUGGAAAUGGCUCCCUUUCUAUUUCUGCAGGCCAAUGAAGCCCUGCAUCACCAGCACCAGGUGGCCCAGAACAGCUUGCUGCCUCUCCUCCAGUCAGGAGGACCAGAACCUGUGGACCAGAAGCCUGUGAUGCCCAUCCUCUUGGACCAGAAGCCCCCAGUCAGCGUCGCAGAGCUCCUCAAGGACAAUGUGGCCAGUGGAACAGGGGGAGGCGGCGGAGGAGGAGGCAGCGGCGGUGGUCCCGUUGUAGUGGUGAAGAAAGAGCCCAAGUCCAAAACGCCUUUCAUCUGCGGCUACUGCAACAAGGCCUUCCGGGACAGCUACCAUCUCAGACGGCACGAGUCCUGCCAUACGGGCGUCAAGAUGGUGUCUCGUCCCAAGAAGACACAGACGGCACCCACCAUGGUGCCCAUGAUCUCCACAGUGCCACAGCGCGAGAACAGCGGCGGGCAGCCCUCUUACAUCUCCACCAUCGCUGGCAUCCUCACCACGGCCACAACCUCAGCCUCCACGGGCUCCAGCAUCAUGUCUCCCACCAUGGUGCCCCAGCAGCAGCACCAGCAGCACCAUCAUCAUCAGCAGCAGAGCCAGCCCAAGAAGCCUGCCAAGCCAGUGAAGAAGAACCACGGCUGUGAGAUGUGUGGCAAGGCCUUCCGUGACGUCUACCACCUGAACCGUCACAAGCUGUCCCACUCAGACGAGAAGCCCUUUGAGUGCCCCAUCUGCCAGCAGCGCUUCAAGAGAAAGGACCGCAUGACCUACCACGUGCGCUCACACGACGGGGGCGUUCACAAACCUUACAUCUGCUCUGUCUGUGGGAAGGGCUUCUCCAGGGAUAUCGGCAGGGGACAGGGAGAAUGCUGCAGGGGCCAGACGGCACCAGAAGAGAUGGGUCUCCAGUGUAACUCCUGCAGCUCCCAAGGCCAAUGGCCUGACCAUCUAAGCUGUCAUGUGAAGCAUGUUCAUUCCUCAGAGAGACCCUUCAAAUGCCAAGUAACGGCCUGCACCUCUGCUUUCGCCACCAAAGACCGCCUGCGCUCCCACAUGAUCCGACACGAGGGCAAGGUGACCUGCAACAUCUGUGGCAAGAUGCUGAGCGCUGCCUACAUUACUAGCCACCUCAAGACCCACGGCCAGGCCAGCUUCAACAACCCCUGUAAUAAAGGGCUAAGUGACUGGCAGUGGAACCACCACUCAGGGCUACGAAAAGGUGAGUUGACGGUAGGAGAGAUCUUAAAUAACUCGUUCCAAGUCCUUAUGGACAUCUCUCGUUUUCAAGACUCUAACAACGUGCACAACUCCGGCUCAGUGACGCCCGUCACCAACUCUGCCGCCAUCACCUCGGCGAUGAACCGUGGCAACGCCAGCAACCCGGUAACCAUCGCCGCCCAGAUGAACAUCACCACCAGCACGGUCAACAUCACCUCUCCAAUCAACCUGCAGCACCCAGUGACCAUCACUGGGCCCAUGAAUAUAGCCCACCCUGUGGCCAUCACCUCUGGGAUGCCCAUGAAUAUAACCGGGCCGCUUAACAUCGCCAUGCGGCCCAUGGAUAGCAUGCCUUUUCUCUCCCAGGUCCUGCCUUCCUCCCCUCCCUGGUAGUAACCCCUUCCCUGGCCCCUGGUUAGCAUCUCUUUAUCAACCCCUCCCACCUCUCUCCUUCUACCCCCAAACCACCACCUCCUCCCUUACUUUAGCAGACCUUCCUCCUUACUAGGAGUACUAUAGAUGAUCUUGUAGUAGAGCAGAGGUGUAGUAUGGUGGGCUAGCUGGACGCUGUACCUGUCUGUCUGUCUGGCUGCAGUGGGAGCAGCAUGAUGAGAGGUGGACUGGCCAGCCCCUGUAGAUGCUGGUGCAUUUUAUUACCUUUUAAUUGCCGGUAGGAGAACAGUCCUGGAAAUCAUGUGAAGUCUCGGAAGGAGGAAUGGAGGAAUGAUGCUCCACGUGGAAGCCUGACGUAAACAAACAGCGAGUUAUGCCUCGCCUUGCGUCAGAACAUACCUGCACAUUUGGCAUUGGAAUGAAACUGUAACAAACGUAUUGCUGGUAUUAAUGUUUUUAAAUGCUCUCUUACAGAGCAGAUGGUUUUUAUAUUAGUUUUCCUUUUGUUAUUAUUAUUAUAGCCUGCUAAUCAGUAUUUAAUAGUUGUAUGCUUUGUAAGGAGUUAAGUACAGCAAAGGGGACAAAGGCUACCAUUUUGCAGGAUGGUGAUUUUUUUUCUGGAGAGAAAAAUAUCAAAGGCUCAACAGUUCAAUCUUAGGUCAAUGCCUUUGACUGCGUAAGGUGAGCUCUCCCAGGUCCUGAUGCCAUCUCUGGAAAAUGGUCACAUUCUCACUGCUGGUUACUGUAAACCUAUACAUGGUUUUUGUUAGUUUUGUUUUUGGAAUAGUUGUCAGGUGUAUUUUUAGAUGACUUGAUAAAGUAGCCGGAGGACAUUACAGUGGUAAUGUUACAGGAACACAAGGAGGAAAUGUCUCGCACUGAAAGCAUAUCCCCAAGUUAAUGUCCUGAAAACAGCAGUAUUAUUAAGAAUCAAAAUUAGUAGUGUUGGCUGUGAGCCUUGUUAAUGUAGAGGCUAUCAGAGCCACCUAGUGGCACAGUAGACACUAUGCUGAAAAAACAGUCCCAAAGUUCACCUUUUAAAACUUUUAGUGAAAAUAGUUAUGUUGGGAGAGGUUUUGGUAGGGCCAUUUAAUCCCCCCCUCUUUUUAGUUUUUUUUAUUGCAGGUUUAGGAUCUUAUAAAUAUGAACUUCUACUCAGGAACCGUACUGAGAGUAGUCCAGUCUUUUGAUGAGAGUAAAAGGAUCAAUUUAAGGUCAACACGCAACCUUGGUUGACCUUAUACCCAUUCUUUGUAAAUAUUACAACACAAUUAUUUUAUUAUUUUGUCUUUGCCUUUCAAAAAAUGUAAUAAAAGUAGAUAUCCUUCAACACAGGUCAGGGCUGCAAUUACUUUAUCAAUGUCAAUACGACCGUCCAUUGGACUACUUUUGCAUAGUUUACUUCCCAGGUUAGUUUGAGGUUUUUCUGUCGUCUUAGGUCCUUUUUAUUAUAUUACUGUAGAACCAAAACUGCCAUCUGGGGCCCAAGGUGCCCAGAAAGAGAAUGGAAGCAGAGAUGAGAGGCUGUGUCAACUACAUGUGUUCUAGAAUGGUCAAAGAUUAUGGGUCAAGGGUCACAGGGCUGCUUCCUUUCCCAGCCCAGUGCCUACUGGCGCUGCCUAGGCCUAUGUUCAGUACACAGGCCUCUCCCUCAACUGGCAGGAACUCUUUGGAACACGUGUAGCCGGCACGGCGCCGAUGUGAGCCAUUGCCCCAAAAUCAGGCUGUAUGUCAAACUGGUGGACGUUGUUCAGAGACUUCUGCCCUCAUCAGUGGCCUCGUCUUCCCUGUGUCUUGGGAAAGGCAAGAUGUAUGAGGCCUUUGCUAGUAUUGCAUGCAUGCCAACACAGUGCCCCAAGAUAAUUACUCUAAUCUGGUAUGGAGUUGUGGUCUUGUUGGCAUUGGAUUCCCUUUCCAUCGAUGUUGCAUGUGGACGUCUGAGCUCGUCCAAGUUUGGGUUGAGUAAAAAAAGUAAUUAGACUUGACAACUUUUUAAAAAAGAAAACACUACAAACAGAAUAGUUUUGAAGUACGUGUAUGUUUGUCAUUUGGCCUUCCGCAGUGGCCGUAACUAGUGUGCCUGAACUGCUUUACAACAAGACUAUUUCACACCUCUGCUUCCUCUUCUAGAUGUGAUGGACAUAGACUUAGACAACACUAGUUAGUGCCCAAUAGCCUGUUUUAGCAUGGGCAGCGCCAUUGAGGACUUUUUGAAGAAGUCAACUGGAUGGGACUUCCUAUAGGGUUAAGGAAGGAUCACAUAAUUCUAUCCAGGUUUUCAGGUGGGAUCAACCAAUGAAUUAUACUCAUGAGGAAACAUUCCAUAACUGCAGGUGGCAGUAAAUCGCCUACCUUGUUCUAACAACACACUCCAGGUGGCAGUAUGCACCCUUUUAGUUUGUUUGCCAACUCAUAGAAGUAGUAGUAGAAGAAGAAAGUGUACUAUUUCAGAAUUCAAUGGUGCUGCCUCUGCUCUCACAGAUGCCAUAAUGUCUAUGGUGAUGGACUUGUUUUGUGAAGGAAGCCUUAACUAUUCAGAUGGCUAAGAGCUAGACAGCCCCCUCAACCAAAUUGAUAUGUUGUCAUUUUUGGAGGCGGGGAGUAUGGUUUACAUUCAAUUAAGUGUUUUGUAAGCAACAUUCUAAACCGUUAUAAACAUUUUGAAAACAUGUUCUGUAAUCAUUUUUUAAAUAAAGGGCCAUUACUCUUAUGCACCAUCAGUUUCUUUUUAACCAAAUACUUUUAAUUUGUUUACGAUGACACUACAUUUUUUUUUAAAUGCAAUGAUGGUUUUGGGCUUAACUUUGAGUUUUGGAAGAGAAAAGUUGGUCUGAUCUUUCUCAAUUUUCUUUAUGAUUUGGAAGUUCUUGGAGCCCUGUGAAGGCUGAUGAAUGUAUAUCUUUGUACAAAACCAUUUAGUUCAGAGGACAUGUUAGUUAUGGUAGACACAUGCAAGGAAAAAACUUUUUAUAAAUCUUUUUGUAUUAGAACAUUAACAAUGGUAAUUUUGUAUAUACGAAGACUAGGCUUUCUAAUUAGCAUAAAGGUAAACAUUCCUACUUUUUUUUUUUUAUACAUAUGUGUGUCAAGAAUAAUUGUAAACAUAUGCGCAAUGUUUUUAUGUGCCUUUUAUUUGGGUUGUCUAAAUAAAAGAACUAUAAAACAUGA